AAGGGUGGGGCGUGCCUUUGCGUUCGUUUCCUCGGAGCGGGCUAGCGGGGCGCGCAUGAGCAGUCCGGGCUCCGGGUCGGUUGGUGGAGCGUUAGUCGGCGUCGGCGGAGGACAGUGACUUGGGACCAUGGACAGAAGGAAUGAUUCAGACAGACGGCUGAACCCACCAGCUGCAUUCAGAUGUUCAAAGUCCACUGGGCCAAAGGAGUUGAUCCCACCUUCACAUUUCCAGAGCCGGUCAGCACCACCUCUAGCUGUCUCUACUACAGUGCCCUGGGAUGUCCCUUGUCUUUCUAACUAUGAGGCAGUUGAACUCAAGCGAGAAAACCAGAGAUUGAAGGAUGAACUCUACAGAUGGGCCACAAAGGGAGAUAAGGCAGAAGAACCAGGAACCAGAACCAGGUCGCUGGAUAGAGGAGCUGAGCCCUCAAGCAUAUGUCACACCUUGGCCAUGUCCCAACAGGCUGAGAUCAUCUCCCACCAGCUCCACGAGAUCCAGCGACUGGAGGCGGAGCUUGCUGCCUUCCGAGUUGCCUCAGCCCAGCAAGAAGCAGCAGUGGCCAGUCGAGAAAACACCCUCUCUGACCUUCAGAGUGAGCUUGCAAUACUAAAAAGCCGGAGCAAGGCAGAGGCUGCUGGCUUGAAGGCAGAGUUGGAGGAAGUCAGGAGCAGCAGCAAACUGGAAAUUGAGGCUCUCAAGGUAGAGCUGGAGGAGCUUAGGAGGCAGAGGCGCUUGGAAGCCGAUUCCCUGAAAGAGGAGCUGGAGUUGACCAAGGAAAGGUCCAGACAUGAAGUUGGGCUGGCGCAAGGAGAGCUGCAGGGGGCCCUUGAAAAAGCAGAAGCUGAGCAGAGGAGGCAAGAGGAAAGGGUGCGAGAGUGCCUAGAGACAGUGCUCAAGGAGCACCAGGCAGAGUUGUCCAGGCUUUCUGAAGUCCACGGGGCUGAAGUUGCAUCCCUGAAGCAGCAGCUGUGGGCACUCCAGCAGGAUUUGGGGGCUCAGCAGAAGGAGGCUGCCCAGUUAAGGGAGAAGAGGGACGUUCUCCAGAACCAACUCAGUGCAGCUGAGGCAGAGCUGGCUUCCCAGAAUGCUUCACUCCUGCAGCUGAAGACCUAUGUUGGGGAACAGGACUCAAAGCAGCCUAGUGCUGAACGGGAGCAACUUAGGAGCAGAGUGCAGCAACUGGAAGAAGAGAAGGAUGCCCUGAAAAUUACAGCUGAGCUGCUGCAGGUUCGCCUAACUUCCCUCAGCGAUAUUCUGACGCUACAGGAGAUGGAGCUCAGCAAGAAGGUGCAGCUUGAGGAUCCUCUCCGGCCUGAAUCAUCUCAGAAAUGGCAGUACCUGCUGACUCGGUGGCGGGAGAAAGUAUUUUGUCUCCUGGUGCAGCUGAAAUCUCAGGAGCUCAGUCACAGGGAUACCACCAAAGUGCUAGAAAGGAAGGUCGAAGAGCUGGAAGGUGAAGUGGGGUCCAGAGACCAGAAGGUGGCAUUGUUGCUCCACAGCCUGGAAGACAAAUCUGCUGAAGCUGAUAUGGAAAGAGUGAGAAACAAAACUCUGCAGGCAGAGGCAUUGCGCUCGAAUGAGUUGGCACAGGAUCUUCAACGGAGGGCAGAGACCUCUGAAAAUGCCCUUCGGAGCCUGGGGGAGUUUGUCAGCAGGCUAAGCCAGCAACUGACUGGACAGGAAGAAUCAUGGAGAGCAGCCUUGUCACGCCUCAUGGUAUUGGGAAACAGAGUUGCUUUCGCAGCCAAGAGAGUUGACACUGUCCAAGGGUUGGUAUGCCAGAAGAUAGCACUAGCCAGACUUCACCAAGAGGAGAAAUCUUGCACCACAAGAUCAGACCAUGAGAAGAUUCAGGCGUCUUAUGAAGACCUUCAAGCUGAACUACAGAUGUUGCACCGAGAACGGGAUCAACUCUCACUGGAGCUUAAACGUGGGGCUCAACUCAUAGAGAAGAAAGUGGCUGAAGCAAAAGAGCAAGCGGAGUUUGAGCUCAGGAAAACGAAGGAGUCAUUGCAGAGCCUGCAGGAGGCACUGGAGGCAAAGGCAUUGGCGGAACAGACACUGAUGCAGCAACAGGAAGCCACAGAGAAGCAGCUGGAGGCAACCUGCAGCAACCUACAGAAGAGUGAAGAGGCUGCAGAGAGUUUGAGGCAGGAGCUGGGACAGUUAAGAGCGGAGUAUGAAAGAGCCAUGCAGGAGAAGGUAACUGAAAUUGAAAUGCAGAUGCGCAAGGAUCUGUCAGAAAUGGAGAGAGGGCUCAAUGAAGCACGGAGGGAACACACAAAGGCAGUGGUUGCCCUACGCCAGGCUGAGCGACAGGCAGCAAGAGACAAAGCUCGCAGCGACGAACUUGCCAAGCUGCAGGAGUCUGCUACGCAGAAGGAAAUGGCACAACUUGAAGGACGCCUGCGGGAGCUUGAGAGGGACAAGAAUCUGCUGAUGGCUACCUUGAGGCAGGAAGGGCUGUUGGUACAGCAUCGACAGAAUCGGCUCACAGCAGUCCAGGGCCCAGCAGAAUCAUUUGAGAACACCGGAUCUAAGCCUCCAUCUAAAGAGUCUCUGUUUGCUGUGCUGGAUGACCUACAGGUACUGGGUGCUGCUAUACUGGGAGGAGAAGAAGCAGACAAAGAGAGAGACACCAGCAAGGGCACUUAAGUAUAAAUCCCACCAGGGGAAGAAAAAACUAUUUGGAGACACCAGGCUGUGGAAAUGGAUAGAAAGAUGUUUGUAAAUAAAAAUUAUUUUAAUAGGCACAUA